CCUCCACUAACGCUGAGCGAUGGUCGGAGCGCAGCCGCGCUUAUGGGCGAGACACACUUUCUGUUUUUUUUCGGUCGCACCAAAUCGCCAAGGAAACGCUCUCGCGCUGAAAUGAACCAGAGCCCGGUCUUCGGCGCGGAUUGACACGGAAACUUUUGCCAUGGCCGCAAAGGCGCAAAAGUAGCCGCAAGAGAGAGAGAGAUAGAUAGAUAGGGAGAGAGAGUGUGUGUGUGUGUGUGAGAGAGAGAGAGAGAGAGAGAAGGAGAGAAGGCGAAAUAUCUCCGCUCAGCUCACCACCACACGCAGGCGCAGGGCUAGAAUGUACGCGGUGAGAGCCCACUGCAGUUUCUAACGGCAAGACCGCUUUCCACAACCGAGUCGGCCUCCUGAAACAUUUGUUUUUGUUUUCUUUUUUCUUUCCGCCCUCUCCUGAUUUUCAGUCGCAACUCUGUUUUCGAGGCUGUUGUUUUGAACCGGUGAUAGAUCAUAAUUAUGGCGGGGAAAGGGACAUCACAAGGCACGGGAAUAUUGCUUGUGACGGCCAACGUCGGCUCUCUCUUCGAAGAUCCUGAAAACCUUCAGAAGACAUGGCUGCGGGAGUUCUAUCAGACGGUGCACACACACAAACCACACUUUGUGGCGUUACACUGUCAAGAAGUGGGCGGGAAAAAUUACGAGGAGUCCAUGGCGCACGUGGACAGCUUCGUCAAAGAGUUACUGUCCAGCGACGCCAUGAAGGACUACAACAGAGCCCGUGUCUACCUCGACGAGAACUACAAAUCCCCAGAGCAUUUCACAGCACUAGGAAGUUGCUACUUUAUACACGAAUCCUUAAAAAACAUCCACCAGUUUGAUUUCAAAGCCAAGAAGUUCAAGAAGGUGGUUGGCAAGGAGAUCUACUCGGACACUUUAGACAGCACGUCCAUGCUGGAGAAAGAGAAGUUCCCUCAAGACUACUUUCCUGAGUGCAAAUGGUCCAGAAAAGGCUUUAUCAGGACUCGCUGGGCUAUGGGGGAUUGUGCCUUUGACCUGGUUAAUAUUCACCUGUUCCACGAUGCCUCCAACCUGGUGGCCUGGGAAAACAGCCCUUCUGUCUACUCAGGCACGCGACAGAAAGCUCUCGGCUAUGUUCUGGACAGGAUCACAGACCAACGUUAUGAGAGGCUUCCAUAUUUCCUCUUUGGAGAUUUUAACUUCAGGCUGGACUCCAAGCAGGUUAUAGAGAGUCUGUGUUCUACAGCCACAAUGCAGACGGUUCGAACCGCAGACACCAACGAGGUGGUCAAGCUCAUAUUCCGGGAGUCUGACAAUGACCGUAAGGUUGUGCUACAACUCGAAAAGAAGCUUUUUAACUACAUUAACCAGGAUGUUUUCCGGGAAAACAAUGGAACGCUGCUAUUAGAGUUUGAUAAAGAGAAGGCUGUCUUUAAGGAUCGUCUGAACGAGCUGGACAUCUCCUUUCCUCCCAGUUACCCAUACAGUGAGGACAGCAGUCAGGGGAAGCAGUACAUGAAUACGCGAUGCCCUGCCUGGUGUGACCGCAUCCUCAUGUCGUCUUCUGCCAAAGACCUGGUUGUAAAGCCAGAGACUGAGGAGAAGUCAAUAACAUAUGACAAUAUAGGGCCCAAUGUCUGUAUGGGGGACCACAAGCCUGUUUUCCUGUCCUUUCGAUUAACCACAGGGGCAGGUAAACCUAAUGCAAAUAAGCACAAGUGUUGUGUCAUGCAGUGAUGUGAUAUAUGCUGCCAAAGAAUGGAGGGGAUUUCACCACAAGAGACCCUGUGAGAAACUCUGAGACAGCUGGACACACACACUCUCACUCUCUCUCACACACACACACUCGCAGAAAACCCUGAUAAGACUUUUCAGCAGGACUGACCAGUCGUAGUGAAACAAGUGCAAGCCAUGACACCAAAAGAAAUGGCAGCAUGUGCGCAAGCAUGAUUUAAGAUUCAGGAACACACAACGAACGUCAAGCACACAAGUACACAAACACAGCUUAUGCCACACUUUUCUCUCCUUGGACACUUUUCCUGCAACCUCUUCCCAGAACACCAACACAGGGACAAACAACUUAAAGGACAACUCUUCUUAUAUGACAUAGCCUUGUUGCCAAAACUCUAAUAGAAAAAUCAGAAGUACUACAUAUUUUAAAGACAAUACUUGCGUUUUUAGAUAUGCCUCUACAUUAUAGAAGAUACUUCCUAUCUUGUGUAAGAUGUUUUAAGAAGUGCAAUGCAAAAAAAAUGUUGUAUAUGUAUAGUGUUAGGUUUAUUUGUACAUUGGAUAAUUAUAUAGUGGUGUUGAUGUUUUUUAGUGCUGUUUUCUUUCUCUUUUGGCAAGCUUGUGCGGUCUCUCUCUCUCUCUCUCUCUGUCAGAUUAGAUUAGGUUUUUUUUUUUUAUUAUUAUUUCAUUUCAUUUCAACAAUUGACAUUAGUUUGCUGUAUUUCCUUUCCUUUCCUUUCUUCUGUGAGACUCGUGUGCCCAGCACACACUGCCAUUUUUUUUCCCCGGACAUCCUCCAAGUCUCAUUUUAUAUACUGUACUUUUUAAAGAGAUAAUAAUUUAUGAUUCUUACCAAAAUGAUUACACUGAGGUAUGGAUAGAAACUUGCCGCUUGUCAGCUGAAACAUUUUGAAUAGUUAGAGUUAUAUAUAUUAAAACACACAUCAUCUGAAGUGCACCUUUUUUUUUUUGCAGUCAUAUGAUUUUACCGUAGCCUGAGCUAUCUGAGCUAUUCUAACCAGUGUCAUAGGCCAUGCAAGUAGCUAUAUAAGAUAUUGUUUCAUAUAGCAGUCUCACUUGGUUAUUGCAUUAUUAUUCUUAUCCUAACUUAUUUCUGUGUAAUAAUAUGGUUCUGAAUGUGAUAUUUUAGAUAGGCUUGGGUAUCUUUAAAAAAAAAAAUGUAAACUUUUUUUUUGUUUUGUUUUGUUUAAGUUUUUUUGUUUGUUUGUUUGUUGUUGUUGUUGUUGUUUUUCCUCUUUUGUUACUGCGUCAUGGUGCCAAGUAUUGUACACAGCAGAAGAAGUGUGUGUUAAGAUUUUGUGCAGUCGGUAGGAGGAAACCGGUCGCUUUUCAGGGCCACGCUGUACACCGUGUCCUAUUGGACUGAAUAGUGUGCCAGAAUAGCACGCCUGGCUGUUUUGAGACCCACUUUAGUGUGGUGUAGUGUGCGGUUUGGGACGUGGCCUGAGUUGCUCCGUCUAUUUCACCAUUAAUCCGCUCUCACAGCUCGUUAGAGCUUUAAAAUGGCGAUUAGCAGUCGGCCGACAUUUCCUCAUAUCGAUUUUAAUUUAGUACACUACAUAGUUCACAGGCCGUGUGAAGCAGGUAGUUUGAUAUUUGGAUGUCCUUUUCUUUUCUCAUUUAAAAUCACCUUAAGUGAGAAUGAAUUUGCAGCAAAAUUCAUAUCGUCGUAAAAGAGUGGCUUCCCAAACUGGCAUAGCCUACUAAAAAAGUGUCAAAAUAGUGCGCUAAACUAAAAUGUGAACUAGCCUACUACUUUGACACUGCGGGGCCUAUUUAUUUCAUAAAUGUAAGCUUUUGGGAGAAAACAGGUUGUUAUAUAGACGACGACACGAAUGUAUUUUGUCAGCCAAAAAAACUUCGACGUACUGUUUAGUAGUAGCCUACUAUUUAGUACGCUAGUAUGCCAUUUUGGACUCUGCUCAAUAACCCCCCCACCCCUUCCCCGCCGGUCACGUGAUGCGGUGUGUCCCCUCUGUAAUAGCAGAUAUAGACUGAGCUCCAUGGGUGGCCUGGCCUCUUCAAGCAAUAAAACCAUUAGAAUUGAACAACUGAGUGUUUGUCAUUACUGCCACACAUUCAUAUCACAGACACUUAUAGCCUAUAGAAUAGUCUACUACCCUAAGAGGUUGAUGAUAAGGCUAGUAGAAACAAUAUUCCGGCUACGUCAAUCAUUUGUUAUUUUUGUUUGUCCUAUGCGUACUUUGGGUACGUUGUGUAUGUAUGUAUGAAAUAUAUAUAUAUAUAUUUCGUUUAUAAAUUAUAUAUAAUAAAUUAAAACUCACUACGUUAUCUUAAACCCACCAAUUUGGAUGACAUCCUUAGCUCCGCCCACAAUCACAUCGUGUCAUAUAUCCCUGAAAAGGAUUGUUUCCUAAAUGUCGGUGUAUGUGUCAUUAUGAUCGAUAUGCCAGUUUCCUUUUGGAAACCUAAUAAACCACGCUUGGAAACACAUGA